AGCUGAUGCGGCGCUGCGGAAGCCUCUGGCGUCCAACCCCACGGCAACUCCAGCAAACUCAACCGAAGUCUCUCUUUAAAACAAGCUCGAGCAGAACUCGGGUCCCACCGCUGCCAGUGCUGUAACUAUCCCGAUCACUUCAUUUCAUAAUUAUUUUUGAGACGUGAUACCACCGAGUUACACAUCCGAAAGCUCAUGAGAAGUUCCAUCUUUGAGCACAAGCGCCCAACCCCUCGUCCCCACUUCAACCUCGAUUCCUAAAUUGGAAGUCGUCCCAGCGACGCAAUCAGCGGAGGUCUUGAUCAUGGCGGCGCCAGUUGAUGCAAAAAGAGAGCUGGAUCUCAUAGAGAAGGUGGAAUGGCGAAUACUCUCCGCAUCUUCUGAUGAAACGAAGCUCCAGGGGCUCCUAAAAGUCUACCUUCCACCUUUGCUGUUGAAGGCCGGUAGCGAGCAUGCCUCGGUCCGGAACAAGGUCAUAUCGACAUGCCAGACCAUCAAUAAAUUGAUCAAAUCACCAGGCAUCGUCCUUCCGGUUGGGGCCCUGUUGGAUCAGUACAAGGGGACGGAGCAGACGCUCGUCCGUCACUUCGACCUGAUCUACGUACAACACAGCAUAACGAAGCUGGACGCCGAUGAGCACCGGGCCCUCGCCCCCAAAGCUCUCCAUGGCAUCAGCAGGGGAUCACCAAGCUCACUCAGCCAGCUCUUCAGUAUCGCCCUGCGAAUGCUUCCUGCGGUGAAGAUUCCGUCACGUGGAAGCAAGGAAGAUGUUGACUUCCGAGAAACCAUGGGCCUAGCAGACCCAGAGGAUGCCAAGUUCGUCGCGGAGUGGCUUGGGAAACUGCUGCUGCUACGGAUGAACACGGCAGGCCCAGCUCAGUCUCCGGGCUUGUCCGAGGCGGACAUCAACUUCCUCACGUCUGGCAAGCCUGACACCUGGAACCCUGCAGCCGGCGGGUUGAACCUUGCGGAAACCCGGAUCCAAGUCGUCAACUUGCUAGCUAGCGGCGCCUUUACCGACGAGGAGAGGUUUAUCCCCGCCAUUUACGCGGCAGCAAGUUCAGACUACCGGAUCUCUGGCGUUGGGGAUGACCUGCUAAAGAGGAGUUCUGUCUCACUCGAAGAUCAACCCUUGGUUCGAAAGCUGUUCGAAGCACACUCUCGACUACCCGCUCCAUACCGCAUUCGCAUUCUUGGGAUUCUAAGCAAAUCAGAAGCAGCUACAGCCUUUACCGAUGACAUCCUCGCCGCAUUCCGCCUGAACGUCACUCUUCAAGCCGAGUCCGGCGACGCCAUGCAAAUCGACGGCCAGCCAGCUGCUGUAAAGUCAUCCGGCCUAGAACGCAAUAAACUCCAUCGGGCACUAUUCGAGUUCAUCAACUGGGUAGCGCGUAUCGGCUCGGGCAAAACUGACUACAGCAAGAUCGGACCGCCCCUAGUCGGGCUGCUCAGAGAAUUCGUGAGGGACCAAGGCUGGCCGAGGCCCACACGCCAGUCAACUGACGAGAGCACACUGCGGUCGAGGGCGUACGAGACCAUCGGCAUCCUCGCUAAAGGCGCGGUUAUGUCAGACAGUGAGCGGCUCACUUUGACGGGGUGGCUCUUCCGCUCCCUCUCGGAAGACCCGACCCCGGACGUUGUCGUCAACAUUGAUGGCGCCUUGUCCAGUCUCACGAGUCUAUUCAAGCCCCCGCACAGCUUUUCCAUCAACACUCAGCUCCAAUCAAUCCUCCUCACAUAUAUGACGCUCAAAGAUGACGAUGGAGACGCCGUCCGGAGCUCCCGGCAUGCCGUCACCAAGUGGGCCAAUAAUUGCCUUCUCUUCUCUGACGUGUACGCACGCUGGAUCGAUGUUCUCGCCAUUGCUGGCCGCCCGGAUGAGCGCAGCGACGUAGUCGAGGAGGGCCAGAAAGGCCUGGACCCGUGGACUUACUACGCCAACGACGACAAGUCGCGGGCUUUGCCGGACUGGAAAGAGAUGGUCCAGAUGUUCUUCAAGGACUCUAUUGUGCCGCUCAACGCUAGUUCGCUAUGGGGCGACCACCAAGGAAUGGACGUGGAUGAUAGAGGCGUCUUUGUCAACUUUUCCGCCCCAUCACUCCUAGCCUUUCCCGUUGCUGUCGACUAUUGCAGGCGGAUUCUGUUUCUGACAGCGCUAAAGGAUUUCCAAGUUGAGCCUGGAUGGGAGCGGCGGCUUGGAGCACUUGUACAAUCCGACCUUUCCAGCCGGCUCACUAUUCGGGAAUACCUGUCCAAGUUUACCCACCAGGAGCACGCUCUCUUUCGCCUCAUGCGAGCUGCAUUCGAGGGGAUGAUCAUGGAAGACGCGAGGAUCGCUGAACCAUGUGCCCGAUCGUUUGUGGAGAUUGCGUCACUGUCGCCCCGAUCGAUCCUAACGCACUUAGCCUCCCGAUCCAUGGAGCUGACGCCCUUGAUCAAGUCCAACAAGAAGGAGCUUAGGAUGCUCGGCUCGCGGGCCUUUGGGAUUCUUGCGGCCCAUCCUUCAAACCCUACGGAGUCGGUCGUCAGCUCCAAGGAAGCCCUAUGCAACAUCGCCAGGAACCUCACGACUGCGGUAGGAUCGGAGCUAAACGCCGUCGAGGGUGCAUUCGUGGCUUUGGGUCAUCUCGUCUCGAGACGGAUUUACUAUGGUGCAGACGGGAGCGACAGUACAGCUACCAACCUUGGCGAGAUAUUACCGACAUUGAACACAGUUUCCUCCAAAACAACGGCCACCCAGGAGGCACUAUUCGAGGCAUACUCCCAGCUUUGGACUGCGGCCAUCCAGACAGUACCGCAAAACGGCGAGGCCGGGGAAAGCCUUCAUAGCGUCCUGUCCAAGGAAUUCAUCGACCCACUCGUCACCCAUGCGAAGAAGGGCAACGAGAAGGCCAUCACUGCGCUAGGAAGACUCGCAAUCUCAGUUCCAGUAACGGGAGAAACGGGGGGCAGCGUGACCGACGAUACACUCGGCUUGAUCCUCGAGAAGUUGUACUCCUUAUACGAAAUUAGGCAGGCCGAGGUGCAUUUCGCCGUCGGCGAAGCCAUCGCAGCAGCCGUCGCAUGCUGGGACGCCGAAGUCGUGCGGCUCACCGUCGAUGUACAAGCCGAGGGAGCUGCUUACGAAAUCCCCAAGAGGGGCGCGCGUCUUACCGUGGUCCUGGAGAAGCUCCUCAUAGACUGCAAGACCACUAAGCCGUCUUUGCUCAAGGCUUCCGGUAUUUGGUUGUUCUGCGUUAUCCAGCACUGCUCUCACUUGGAAGAGGUCCAGUCGAGGCUUCGAGAGUGCCAGGUUGCCUUCAUGCGUCUCCUUAGCGCAAGAGACGAACUUGUCCAGGAGACCGCGUCUCGAGGACUCGCAUUGGUGUACGAGAAGGGCGACUCGGACCUCAAGGGCGAGCUUGUUCGCGACCUUGUCUCGGCAUUCACCGGUUCCGGGCCACAACUCAAAGUCGACCAGGAGACGGAACUCUUCGACGCUGGCGCCCUCCCCACUGGUGAUGGCAAGUCCGUCACCUCGUACAAGGACAUCGUUAGCCUGGCAAACGAAGUUGGCGAUCCGAGUUUGGUUUACAAGUUCAUGUCGCUCGCGACCAAUGCCGCGACUUGGUCAACUCGAUCCGCCUUCGGGCGCUUCGGGCUCAGCAACAUCCUCUCGGAAUCUGAGAUCGACCCCAAGCUUUACCCAAAGCUGUACCGCUACCGCUUUGACCCGAACCAGAACGUCCAGCGCUCGAUGAACGAUAUCUGGAAGGCAUUGGUGAAAGACCAAAAGACCGUCAUGGAAACCCACUUCGAUAGCAUCAUGAAGGACCUGUUGAAGAGCAUCCUGGGCAAGGAGUGGCGUGUCCGCGAGGCCAGCUGCGCCGCCAUCUCCGACUUGGUGUCCGGUCGGCCCUUCCCAAAGUACGAACCAUACUACAAGAAUAUCUGGACGGCGGCACUCAAGGUACUUGACGACGUCAAAGCCACGGUGCGGAACGCAGCGCUACACCUUUGCAUUGCGCUCUCGACGACGCUUGUCCGCCAGCUCGAGGAGUCUGGUUCCACAACGACGGCCAAGGCAAUGAUGAACGAGGCUCUUCCAUUCUUACUCUCCGACAAGGGCAUAGAGAGUAGUGCCGAAGACGUGAAAGUAUUCUCAACCAUCACGGUCAUGAAGAUUGCCAAGAGCGGUGGCGAUGCUCUCAAGCCCUACAUUCCCACGAUGGUCCCUCACCUCCUCAAUCUCCUGAGCACAAUCGAGCCCGAAGCUAUCAACUACCACUACCAACGUGCAGGCGAAGAUAACCGCGAAAAGAUCGACAAGCUCCGCAGUGCUAUGGUCUCGCGAAGCCCCAUCGCCGAGGCAAUCGACAACUGCCUCCGCAGCGUCGACGCCUCCGUCAUGAAAGACUUUGCGCCCAAGCUUCAAGAGUCAGUCAAAACCGCCCUGGGAAUGCCCACCAAAAUCGGCUGCGCCCGCGUCCUUUCCACCCUCGCAACGCGCCACACCCUCUCCUUCGCGCCUUACUCGCCCACCUUCCUCACCCUCCUCGAAAAGCAAACUCUCGACCGCAACGACGAAGUCAGCCAGAACUACGCGCGCGCCGCCGCCUACCUCCUCCGCAUCAUCCCCACCCCGGACGCGAAGACGCGGUUCGCCGACCGCCUCGUGUCGCUCUACCUCACCUCGGAGGACGAAACCCGGCGGCAAAAGGUAGCCGACGCCGUGCUGGCGGUGGCCAAGAUCUCGCCGGACCACUUCGCCGCGCUCGAGACCCAGCUCCUGCCCUUCGCCUUCCUCGCCCGCCACGACACGGACGAGUACGUGUGCAAGGCGGCGCGCGAGGUCUGGGACGCCCACGCCGGCAGCACCGGCCUCACCGUCGUGCGCUACCUGCGCGAGAUCGUCGCGCUUGUUGAGGCCUGCCUCGCCACCGCCCAGUGGGCCCUCAAGCACGCGGGUGCUCUGGCCGUCGCCGCUGCCGUGCAGGGCGUGGUGACCGCGGGCGAGACGUCGGGCAGGCCGAACGCGGAUGCUCUCGCGGCCGUGUGGCCCGUCUAUGACAGGGCGCUGGCGCUCAAGACGUUCGAGGGGAAGGAGAAGCUGCUGGAGCCGCUGCCGGGGUUUGUCAAGGCCGCGAGGGGGCUGUGGGAGGCGGAUGCCCAGCUGGCGGGGCAGGUGAGGAAGGUUGUGGCGCGGGAGGCGAAGCGGAACAAUGAUGCCUACCGGCCGCAUGCGUUUGCGUGUCUGUGGAAGGUUGCCGCGGAGAGGGAGGACCUGGACAUGCUGGGAGAGAUUGCGGAGAUUGUGGAGCCGUAUUUGGUGGUGGAGGAAGAGGAUGGCGAUGCCAUGGAUGUGGACGACGAGCCCAAGGGUGGAAAGGGGGUGAGGGGCGGGCUGGAUUUGAAGGCCCAGACGGUCUGGGCUGCGAUCGAGGCGGUUGUCAGGGGGUACAACCGGGUCAAGAUGAAGAAGGAUCCUGUGGCUGUCCUUCGGGAGGUUGUCCUCGCGCUCGAGGCCGCUGCUGGUGGGAAGGGCAAGGCACUCAACGCCCAGUCACCGUGCGUUGCGAGGGCCGAGCUUGCGACUAUCAGGCGGACUUUCUGGUAUGACUGCGUCAGGGAGGUCUUGGAGGAGGCGCUAGGUGAAGUCGUCGUCCCUGGCGGCGGGCUGGAAGGUAAACAGGAGGUCGUCACAUGGUUCUUCAACACCCUGGAUAUGGCAACAGAUGAGGUCGGCACUGAAGACCAGCGUCUUGCCAGGGCCAAGGCGGUGAAGGCGACGAUACAACUCGGCAAGGGUAUCGGGCUUGCUACGAAUACGGAACGCCUGUCUGGGAUGAAGGCCGCCGUCGACACGGCUGUGGGUAGGGAGAGGUCGCUUGAGGUACAGAAAGCGUGGAGGGAAUGUUUGGCAGUGCUCAAGUAGAUAUGUAGUAGAUUAUACACACUGAGGAUGAGUUUGAGCACGAAAAACGCUACCGCUGUUA